AUGGGAAUUUUUUCCCCGACCGACGGUCAGUUCGUGCGGAGGGUCCACUUCUUGAGCGAGUCGAAUCCGAUUGGAAGAGCACGUAGGAUUGGAGUUGUGGGCACGUACCCCCGGCCGGUUAAUAAGUCCCAGAGCGUCGGUCAGUUAUCCGGAUCAGUUCCAUCAUUAUCCGUUCUGAUGUCCUCCGGGUCCACGUCCGUUUUCGAAGACUCUCCUCACCUGCGUCCGUUUCUCGGGGUCUUUUGUAAUGGCCGUCAUUAUCUCCGGGGAAUGCUGGUCGCGCUUUGUGGCGAAAAAAUUCCAACUCAUUAG